AUGCUUCAUUUUGAUUCUAACGAUGCUGUAUCUAUAAAAGAAUCUCAAACCCUUCUAAAUGAAAUCUCAAUGGAACCAAAUUUGACUUUAAUACAUUCAAAUUAUGGGUUUUUACCAUCAACCAUAACUAAAUUAGAAUCACAAGGAGUAUCAUUAACUGAUUCAGUAUCAACAGUAAUGUUCACAAAAAAUAAAUCGGAAGAAGUUGCGGGUGACGUUGAAAUGAAAGUAAAUACAAAAUUUAACCAAGUUUUAGAAAAAAAUGAUAGGGUUUGCAAUAAUAUUAAAAAUUUGAAUGGAGAAAGUUCAUCAAUGAAUGGUUUACCAGAAGACCUAAUGGGAAAUGAUGUAACAUUUUAUAAAUAUGCACCAGUAACAUCAACAGACGUCGAAAGAAGUUUUUCUCGAUACAAAACCAUACUGGCUGUCAAUUGGCGAUCAUUCGACGUAGAAAAUAUUAAAAAAACAUUAGUUGUCCAAUGCAAUAAUUUAUCAGAUAAACCCAAAUUUCGAGAUUGA